AUGUCGAGAUCAGCGAAGUCGAUCUACCUCAACACACACGAUUCAUUCCUACCAGUUCGAGAUGCAGCUGCUGCGAUCCGCCGGGACCUCGCAGAGUUUGAAUCGUUGAUGCAACACAAUCUGGGCGUCAGUGUAGAUAGUGACCCUUUUUCGCAGGAGAAGGGUGUUUGUCAAACUAUUCUCACAUCAUUGUAUUGUCAUACUUUGCUCUUGACCUAUCGACCAUUCAUCAUUCUUCGAGCCAAGUUACAAAAAUUACUUGCCGAGUCGUGCAACAGGAAUGGGAAGACGUUCCAAGGAGAGCGUAGCAGAAUGCCAACAUGGUUGAAUGAGGCCUGUGAUAUUGCAAUCGCAGCCGCUCGAGAUGCAAUACGCCAUAUCUCGAGAGCCUCGGUCAUCAAUCCACCGGUCCAGGAGCUUCGAUAUCACGGGUUCUUUAUUGGAAGUUCCAUAUUCGUUCUAAUAUGCGAUGUCCUACAAGAUCCGUCAAUAAUCUCUGUCCACCAGCCAUGGAUCGAUAUGGGGAUUCAAUGUCUCCAUCUGAUGCGAGAGGGGGAGCCGAUCGCUAGCACACUUCAUGCUAUUGAUCUAGCACUGAAAAAAUUGGCCCAGCGCCAGAUGUAUCCAGAUAUGCGAGCGGGCGAGUCUCCAGAGUCCUCGGUCGGAAUGUCUUCGGAGACUGGGGAUGACGGGACAGUAAGUGGAAACGAGGGGUUUGACGGGUCCCCAGGAAAUAUCUUUUUGAAUGAUCCUUCAGCUCCGUCACUUGCCACAGAGGCUCAUUCAACCUUGAGGAAUAUCGGUGGAUCUGGUUCGACGGACCUUUCCGACCUGCAAUGGAGGAUUGACCCAUCCAUGGUCAGUCUAGAAGGAUUCUUUUCCUGGCCACUAAUAGAGCCCUUCGGUUGA